GCUAGCGGGCUCAGUUGCUGUGCGACUACUAACGUGGUUGGUUAGGUUGCACAAGCGAACGGUGGUUGGCAGCUUCGGAGCUGUGUCAGUAUUACGCGAUCGGCGAUUAUGAGUUUGUACCGUUUGGUUUAAUGUCGGUCAAGAUGAUGAUGAAGGAGACGUAUUUCAAAGUGUUAUUUUGAUGGAAAUGGAGAAACAUCUUGUUGGCAACUAAUAUAUCUUAUACGAGCGGUAGUAGUAAUGAUGCUGGUGCCGGUGGCGGGGGGUUUGCUGAUGAAAGAAAUGCAUUCGUAGUUGUAAUAUUUAUUGACAGUGUUGUUUUCGCUUGUUUUGGUUGUGACGAUGACCGCAGUUACUAGUUCUGCCGUACGUGUGCUUGCAUCAGAACCCUACGUACAAACAUGUGGAGGCAGAAGAGAAAAUGCAUAGCCACCAGCACUUGUCGAGAACCUUGGACUAAUGAUUUUUAACUGGUGUUUCGCUUAGUCUGAAACACGGUGAAGAAACGAAGACUGAGGCAGAUGAAAGCAUGCCACUGUUUGCGGAAGUGAGCCGUCUUCCGGUGCUGUUAGAAUCAGAGUGUCUGUUUUGUGAGAGAGCAAUGGUCGUGCUGUCUGGAAUCAAUCCGCACAGGGUUUCUGGUUCCGUCCUUUGUUACCAAGGGAGUGUAUGAUUUCAAGAUGAGCAAGCAACCAGCAGUGACUGGCCACAGGAGGAGAAAAGAAUUCCCGAGGUUAAUGACAUUCAGAAACUAAAUAAAAACUCGAUCGUGUGGUAUUCUAGUGCCCCUGCUGGCAGUAAUUGUAGAAGCCGUUUUUAUGAGCGAUCUUGCAAUAAAGUGGUAUUAAAGUAUGUAUCCCGUAAAUUUGAAAUGACCUGUAUACGAGGUAGAGAGACUUUGACCUUAUGAUCUUCAAGCUGUAAUAUCAGAAGAAAACCGCAAGGAACAAUAAAGUUAAAAAGUGCUACAAGAUUCAUUACUAUUCCACGUCAUAUUCAAUGGGUCUUUUGUGGCUAAGUGCGGUUUGUUAAGAAGGGAGCCUCACUUAAGGUGCCCGAGCACAAAGCAUAAUUCAGAAACCUUGUGUUGCUGUUAAAAGUUGCGUAACCUCUGUACACGAAAAUUCGCUUUAUUCAAAUAGUGCAAACGGCAAGCCCCUUAAAGUAAGCAUUCAGUUGAAAUAAGUCAAGUGAACAUGUCUAUAUCUAUCCUUAAGGGGGUUUAAAGACACAUUUGCUUCAUCAGCAAGAGAGUGUUAUAACGUACGAGGAACGUAAGGACAUCAUCAGAGAAGAUUUGUGAGAUCUUCACCCAUCCUGAGGGGUCCCCCUGCGAACCUCAUCUGGAGGCGGUAUGGCGGACUGUCUUCACCUCCCCGCAGAACGGAGGCGGGGGACACGGUGAGCCCCAUGGGGCAGAAGCAGAGCAUGUGCCCCAUUAACGGCUUCCGCCAUUAUAAGAGCCUGCACCUGCGCACUUUCGAGGAACCGAGGAUGACGGCGGAGACGGCGCCGAGCACGGUGGCUCCUCCGGGUAGCGAGGAGGGAAGCAAGUACCAAUACUAUGACCCGGAGUACGCGCGCAUGGAGGCCUGGCUUGACGAACACCCAGACUUCGUGCAGGAUUACUUCCUGAGGAAGGCGACGCGGCAGGUGGUGGACACGUGGUUGGUCUCCCAUGCAACACCAACAUCGGCCAACACCGGCAGCUGCGUCAGCCCUCCAGUUGCCGACCUCUCCUCUCCCAGCCACCAGGCCAACCCUGCACCCACUUCCGGUUCACUUCCGGCUAGUACAGCUCCAUCAUCGAGGGCCGGAUCUGGGGCCACGACGCCUGUCCGCAAGAUCUCAGCGCACGAGUUCGAGCGAGGGGGACUUCUGAAGCCCAUCGUGAAUACGAUCGACGGGACUCCAACCUUUCUGUCCGUGUCUCCUACUGGGGACUGCUCCGCGACCUACACGAGCACUAGUGGCCCUGUCGGUUCAGGAGGCACACCCCUGUACCCCGGUCCUGGCAGGCCGCAGCGGCGGUCACGACAUGAGCUCCGACAUCUUGAUGAGAAAGAACUGAUCUUCGAAUUGGUGAAGGACAUCUGUAAUGAACUGGAUGUGCGGUCACUGUGUCACAAGAUCCUUCAGAACGUCAGUAUGCUUCUCAAUGCAGACAGAGGAUCCUUGUUCCUCGUCCAGGGUGACAGGGGGUCGUAUGAUGACAACUCUAGAAGUACUAACAACAAUUUGAGUUCAAGCAACUCAAAGUCGCCAAACUCUCUCGGUUCUAUACCCAAUAAUACAGCUGCUGGGAAGCCGAGGUCCAGAAGGAAUUCUCUGUCGUUAUCGAGCUCGGGGAACUCGACGAGGCCCAGGUUCCUGGUGUCCAAGCUGUUCGACGUGUGUUCUCGUUCGACGCUGCAGGAGAUGGAAAAGAAGGAAGAGAUCAAAAUUCCCUGGGGAACGGGGAUUGUCGGUUACGUCGCAGAGAGCGGGGAGCCUGUCAAUAUACCUGAUGCAUAUAAGGAUGACCGAUUUAACCAUGACAUUGAUGCGCGAACAGGGUACAAGACACGGACUUUACUUUGUAUGCCCAUCAAGGACUUCAAUGGCGAUGUUAUUGGAGUGGCUCAGGUGAUCAACAAGCAGAAUGACAACUGUUUCACAAGUAACGAUGAGAAAGUGUUCUCCAGCUAUCUGCAGUUCUGUGGCAUUGGGCUGCGGAAUGCCCAGCUCUAUGAGAAGAGUCAGCUUGAAGUGAAGCGGAACCAGGUUCUUCUUGAUCUCGCGCGAAUGAUCUUCGAAGAGCAGAGCACCAUCGAACAUAUGGUGUUGAGAAUCCUCACGCACACUCAGUCACUCAUACAGUGUCAGAGGGUUCAGGUAUUACUAGUCCACAAAGCUUCAAAAGGUAGUUUCUCACGAGUAUUUGACUUUGAAGCCAAUGACUUGAAUGGGGAAGAGAACGAUGCACGUACCAGCCCAUUUGAGAGUCGAUUCCCCAUCAAUAUCGGCAUUACGGGUUAUGUAGCCACCACAGGUGAGACGGUAAAUAUUCCAAAUGCCUACGAAGAUGAGAGGUUUGACCCCUCAGUAGAUGAUGGUUCAUGCUUCCGUCACAAGACCAUCCUGUGUAUGGCGAUUAAGAACUCCUCAGGGCAAAUCAUAGGUGUCAUACAACUCAUUAACAAAUUUGAUGACUUACACUUUACAAAAAAUGAUGAGAACUUUGUUGAAGCAUUUGCAAUUUUCUGUGGAAUGGGAAUCCAUAACACGCAUAUGUAUGAGAAGGCUGUGAUAGCAAUGGCAAAACAAAGUGUGACCCUAGAGGUGUUAAGUUACCAUGCCUCCGCUUCAUUAGAAGACGCUCAAAGACUGAGGAGCCUCAGAGUUCCAUCAUCCCAGCAUUUUCAGCUGUAUGAUUUCAAGUUCGACGAUAUCCACAUGGAUGAUGAUGAUACUUUGAAGGCUUGCAUACGAAUGUUUCUAGAUCUAGACUUCAUAGAGAGGUUCCAUAUUGACUAUGAAGUCCUGUGUAGAUGGCUUCUUAGUGUGAAGAAGAACUACCGCAAUGUAACGUACCACAACUGGAGGCAUGCCUUCAAUGUGGCUCAGAUGAUGUUUUCCAUUAUCACCGUUACUCAGUGGUGGAAAAUAUUUGGUGAGAUUGAGUGUCUGGCUCUGGUAAUUGCAUGCCUUUGCCAUGAUCUGGAUCAUCGUGGAACCAAUAACUCUUUCCAAAUAAAGGCUUCCUCACCACUAGCUCGACUCUACUCCACCUCUACAAUGGAGCACCAUCAUUUUGACCAGUGCAUCAUGAUUCUUAACAGCCAGGGCAAUCAGAUCCUUGCCAAUGUCUCACCAGAUGAAUAUUCAAGAAUAAUAAAGGUCCUGGAAGAUGCCAUUCUGUCGACGGAUUUGGCUGUGUAUUUUAGGAAGCGAGGUGCCUUCUUCAAUCUAGUGCGAACUGCCAGCUACAACUGGAUGCGUGAUGAUCACCGUGAACUCUUGAGAGGAAUGACCAUGACAGUGUGUGACCUGGCUGCCAUUACAAAACCAUGGGAAGUUGAGAAGAGGGUAGCAGAACUAGUAUCAAGUGAGUUCUUUGAACAGGGGGACAUUGAGCGUCAGGAGUUGAAGAUUACACCAAUUGAUAUCAUGAACAGAGAAAAAGAAGACCAACUUCCCCUUAUGCAAGUAGGAUUCAUUGACUCCAUUUGUCUCCCUAUUUAUGAGUCAUUUGCGGUAUUGUCUGACAAGCUGGAACCACUUGUGGAAGGUGUGCGGCAGAAUAAACAGCACUGGCUUGAAAUUGCUGGCUUGCAGAACCACAACAGUAAAAUGGAGGAUGGAGGCGAGCUAUGACUUCCUACCAGCAUAUCUCUGAAGCAUAAUAACCUCUUGACAAAAGUGAGGAAAAAUUUGUAACUUCUCCCUCAUCUUGUACAUAAAGGUCAAUUGUAUAAUGUGGGAAAGCUGAAGUUCUACUCCAGAUAAAUCUAUAGUGUUCUCUUGGAUCAACGAGUCUUGUCCAAAAUGAUGACCUGCAUGGUGUUAGCCUUGCACACAGUAGCCAGUUGAAUGUUUUGGCCAAGUAGCAAAGCCACUUGCAGGCAUGUAUUCUGACUAAGAAGAGACAACGUAAAAACAGACUCAUUGAGAACCUUGUAUUACAGUAAGUAACCAAAUAAAUGCUCCUUUUCUGAAAUCGAAGAUCUGAUUCCUGUAAUGAAAAAGAGCACAAAAUUGUGAGAGUUUGAGCCAAAAAAGGAAAUUUUGCAUAAAAGUGGAAUGAAGCUCCUUGUUACAUUUCAGAUGCUAAAGUAGUUGCCUGCAAAUAUGACAUGUCUGCUGGACUGACGCUUUGAUAAGUUCAGGCUUGGAUGAUGGAAGAUAGCCAUUUAUAAUCAAAGCGAUUGCAUUAUUUUUGUGAAGUAAACUCCGAAACCAAAGUUAAUGGCAUUGUGAAUAAUGGAACUGAUUGUAUUAUUUGUGUGAGUGUUGUGUCACUCUUUGCCCCUCCCUUAUCUAUAUCCUUCACCUCUGUCCUUGUAAUUGUUUUGUAAGUAAAGAGAAAAUCUUGUUGUAUAAAUUGUAUAAAUUAUAAAAUUAUAGUAAUAUAUAAUUAGGCAGUGCACCUAAAACAUAAAUAAUAGUUUUACACAGAG